AUGAUGAACCAUCAUCUGCCGGCAGGGCCAUCGCAUAUUCCGCAAACCGCUCUGCCUGCUCAUUCUUCGCCCAUGCAACACCACCACCAAUCGCGCCGUCACCAAGACUACCAACAGUACCAUCAGCAACAGGCUGUCCAGAACCCUUAUGCCCAGUAUGCUCAUCAUCCGGGCGCCCAGGGCUAUUACGCCCAUCCCGGCGCGCACAUGGCCUACCCUCCGCAGCAACGUUGGAUGCCCCAGGCCUACGGGUACCCCAUGCAUCAGCACCACCAACAGCAUCAGUACCAGCAGCACCAGCCGCAAUUUCCUCCGCGCUCGCCUGUAGUCGUUAGCUCGCAACCACACAUGGCUGGCAUGCCUCCUCCCAUCACGCGACAGACGAGCAUGCCAUACAUGGCUCCUCCUCCGCCCGCCCCAUCUCAAUCGCCUCUUCACCAGCUUCCCGUUGCACAGUCACCUCUUUACCAUGCUCCCCCAACUCCCGCCACUUCCAUCCCGCAAUCACUGCCUUCGCCUCGCCCGGCCUCUGUACAGGCAUCGACGCCAUCGCUUCCUGCCUCACGCAGAUCGUCUGUUGCCCAAACACAGCCUAUUGUGCGCCGCAUGCCAUACUAUCCAGCCCUUCCAUGGUACUCGACUCCUGGUGAAACAUUCCCUCCCAAGGCAUCCAGGCGCAGAAGAAAGAGACAGGAUUUGACGGCUGGUAACGACGCUGUCGCUUUGCCAUCAAGAGGUGCUGCUUCUACUCACGAACCUGUCGCCGACACAACUCAAUCGGAGGUUUCUACCGUAGCUGCACCUUCUCAGCUUCCAUCUGCUCAGGAGACCCCUGCCACCUCUCAGGCUCCUUCUGAGGUCGACGUCGGCACUGUCACUCCUUUAUCCACUGUUGCCGAAGCCUCAAAGGUCGCGACUCCUCAGAGCCAGGCUAAGAAAGACGCAAGAUCGGCCGUUCCUGUUGUACCUGUUGUUCCCGCAGUGCCUGCCGCCAGACCUAAGACAGCCUCAUCUGAGGCCACGCCAAAUGCUGCUGGUGCUGGUGAGCAAGGCGUGUCCGCCGCCGAGCCUGCCGCAGCUCAGACCGAGGCCAACGCCGAGACCAAGGCUGCUGAGCCUGUCACUCCUGCGCCUAAGGCAGCUCCUAAGUCAUGGGCAGAUCUCAUGCGCUCCAAGAACUCUGCUGUCGCCGCUGCAUCUUCUGCUGCUGUGAACGGUACUGGUCCAACUAACGGCGCAGCCCCUUCGAGAGCCAGCACGCUUGCUGGUGCCCUCAAGCAGUUUAAUAGUGACACUCCUCUUGUUGAUGCCAUAGAGUUCAAGACCAUUGACAGCGCAGAAUCAGCUGAGAAAUUGCGCAUGCGUCUCAAGGAUCAGGAACUGGAACAGUAUGGCGACUCCAUCACACCCGAAUAUGUUUACGAUACCAUCAAACAGCUGCCUCGUUUCUCGUCCAUGAGACGUGGUCACCAACAAGAUGCAGAGGAGUUCCUUGGCUUCUUACUUGACGGCAUCCACGAUGAGUGCAUGACAGUGAUGCGCAAGGCUGGAGUGGACUCGGAUGAUUCUGCCCAGCCUGCAUCGCCUGCAAGCACUACUUCGGGUGCAAACCCUGAUGCCGGCUGGCUCGAGGUUGGUCCCAAGCAGAAGCACCGCAUCUUCGGAGGUUCUCUACGUUCAGAGCUUCGCGUUCCUGGUCUGAAGAACUCUGUCACCAUGGAGCCUUAUCAGCCUCUGCAACUGGACAUUGGAGCACCCGACGUCAACAACAUCAUUCAAGCAUUGAAGGCUAUCACGAAGCCUGAGACUUUAACUGGAGACUUUGGCUCACCUCGCGGACCCGGCACGACUGCUGUCAAGCAGGUCUUCAUUGAAAGCCUGCCGCCAGUUCUGAUCCUUCACCUCAAGCGCUUCCAGUAUGACAACACUGGUGGUACCCAGAAGAUCUGGAAGAAGGUCGGCUACCCGCUCGAGCUUGAAAUCCCCAAGGAGGUCUUUGCUCCCCAGAAGCGUGGUGGUCUAGCUGUGCAAGGUGGUGCUCCCAAGUACCGUCUCACAUCAGUCGUAUACCAUCAUGGAAAGAGCGCUGCUGGUGGUCAUUACACUGUUGACAUCCUUCGCCAGGACGAGCGUGAAUGGGUUCGUGUCGAUGACACUAUCAUUCGUCGCAUUCGCCCUGAGGAUGUGGCAGAGGGUGGUGCCGAGGAAGAUCCAAGAAUUUUGGCACGCGCGCUUGAACAGCACAAGGCCGACUCGGACGCUUCCAAGCGUAACCUGUUUGAAGGUCUGGACGGCGAUGAUGACACGGACAGCGUACGCAGCUGGAACGAAGUCAACGGUGCUAACAAGAAGCCCACAUGGACAUCAACCGUUGCAAACGGAUCAUCGUCUGGCAAGCGCACACCACUGGCCAAGGACAAGAGCAGCAUCAAGGACAACAAGGUCGCUUACAUCUUGCUGUAUGAGAAGAUGACGGGUUGA